AUGUCGUCUGUUACUGGUCAUACGGCACAACCUGAACGCCCUGAGCGUAGCCGUAACGCUAAAGCGCAGGCGAGACAUCGAGCCAAGCGAAAGGCGUACAUCGACCAGCUCGAACAAACCGUCACCAAGCUUCAGCUGGCUGUUGGAUAUUCCACCGACCAAGUCGCCGCGCUUCCACCACCGUUGCUGAAGAUCAAGGAGCUCGAGCAGGAAAAUGGUCGGCUACAGAAAGAAAACGACGAGCUUCGACGCCUCCUCACCGACUCUGGAUCCCGGACGCUUUCCUCCGACUCCACGCGGCGGUCACUCUCCUCAUACGCCGACCCCCGAAUUUGCGACAGAGACUACGGACUGAAGAGGCGUAAGCCAGGGCAUCAGGAUGGCAUCUACAUAAGCCCCAGCGACACGCCACCUCACGGCCAUGAGCCCUCUACUCGACCUCCCCCUCCUCUAACCAUUCCCCAGCCCAUGUCCCACCACUACGGCAACGGCAGCAUGAGCUCACCAUCAGCAGGACACGGCCAAAAUGCGAACAUCUUCGGCGGCCUCCACGCGCCCCCGUUCCAAAUGCCCAAUACCCCUUCCGGUUCGAGUGCUACCUCGAGUCCACCGUUCUCGCCCAUUCAAGUGCAAGCUCCUGUGCACUCUCAAAUCGAUCAUCGCCCGCAUCUUUCUGACCACCACUCCAUGUCCAGUAACUACUCGCCAGCGAACAGCCACUAUGCCCCGGUGAAGGUGGAGGACGACCAAUACGUCAGCGCAAACGCCAAUCAUCACCCCUCAAUCCAAUAUUCAUACUCCAACAGCCAAAGUCAGAACCACAAUAAUAUGGACUGGCACGCCUAUUCCUCUGACAGAGCACAUCUCCACCGCUGA